AUGUGUCCGUGCGGCUCGGAGAGUAGAGCUGAGGACUGCGACACGACCUCUACCGAGCGGCCGCAAGGUCACGAACAGUGCAGUACAUUAAACUGCAACAGCGGUGUGUUUGGAGUUAUGUGUGAGAUUAACCCAUGCAGUACAUUAGAUUGUAACAAUGGUACUUGUCUGGUCGAUCCUGGUUUGUAUGAUCCAUUCUGCCAUUGUCCUCAAGGUGUGUUUGGAGUUAUGUGUGAGAUGAAUCCAUGCAGUACAUUAGAUUGUAACACUGGUACUUGCGUUGUUGACCCCAUCUCCUUUAAGGCCUCGUGUGUGUGCCCGACAGGAAUAGCUGGUGACGCGUGCGAGAUUGAUCCCUGUGAGGGAGUUGAAUGCACAUUUGGCACGUGUGUUGUAGACCCUCUUUAUUUCAAUACAUCUUGCGAAUGUCCUCCUGGCUUUGGAGGUCUGGACUGCAGUGAAUUCGUGGCGGAUUGUCCUUCUGUACCUGGCUACCUUAUCCUGUUCCAGAUGUUCCUCAACAGCCGUGCCGACGCGAUUCGUUUAAAAAAAUCUGAUAUCGUAGUCUGCGCCGAGUAUUGCAACUCGAACCCUACCCGCUGCUUAUCGUUUGACUACAACUUCAAGAGCAAAAUGUGUGACCUUUCAUUGGAUGAACAAACUGACAUGGCAAUAACCAUGGCGACCCUUCAACCGAAUAAGAAUAUGUGCUAUUACGAAAAAUUAGAAUGAAUCAUUAAUUUGUCUUUAAUUACCGGCGUUUUAGGGAUUGUUAUAUGUAUUGUUAAAUAUAUUAGUGAUGGUCAUAUUUGUACACACACACACACACACACACACACACACACACACA